AUGCUUAGAGAUGCUUGUAUUCCAAAUCCUUGUUUGAAUGGUGGAGCUUGUAUACCAAAUGGAUUUGGUGGAUUUACUUGUCAAUGUCCACCAGGAUUUAGUGGUCAAAGAUGUGAAGAUCGUGAUCCUUGUGCUUCUCAACCAUGCAUGAAUCAAGGCAAUUGUAUACGAGAUAAUGGUGGUUUUCGCUGUGUUUGUCCAUCAGGAUAUUCAGGAAGUCGAUGUGAAAUUCGUGA